UUUUCUUGCAGUUCACAGCAGCGGCCGAAUUCCUAAAAAAAAAAGAAAAAAAAAAGAAAAAGAAAGAUCAGCGGGCCGAAUCACGCAAGAAGCCCGAAUCUCUAAUACUCAAGCCGUGCUCCGUCACCGCAAGUCGUAAACCACCGGCGCCGGCGCCGCCGUCACGAGGAUGGCUGCUCCUACCGAUGAGGCCGCCGGCUCAGGGACGCCGGGAACUACCGAUCCGUUGCUCGCCGACUGGAGGGAACGGAUCAUCAUUCCGGCCGUCGCGGCUGGUGUGGUUGGAGCCGCGUUCGGGCUGCUGUCGCGGCACCGGGCGCGCCUUGGCGCCGCCCGCGCCGCCGUCACCUACGCCGCGAACCUCGCCAUCGUCGCCGGGUGCUACGGAGGUGCACGUGAACUUGCAAGAGAUGCUCGAGCCACAACACCUAAUGAUCCCAUGAAUUCUGUUGUUGGUGGGCUAGCAAGUGGAGCUGUCCUUGGUCGAAUACAAGGUGGACACUUUGGAGCAGUGAAAUAUGCAGUCACUUUUGCAGCUGCCGGUACCGCAUUGGACUACGCUGCACUGAAGUAUGCCCCAGAAUGGCAUGCCCUGAAAGAACAUUUGUCUGGAAAGAAAGACUGGUUUACGCUACCUGAGUGGUCACCUAUCCAAGUGUUGGAUGAGGAAGCCUUGGCUAAGAAAAAAGCUCGAGAGGAGAAGUUGUUUGCCCAACGAGCACUAGGUAAACUUGACAAGGAGGAUCCCUAGCUAUACGGCCUUUUGGAGAACUGCGCACUGCGCACUGACAGAGAUAAGAUGAUUUUAUCCAGGUGCUAUGUCACUGAAACCAUAGUGUUAGAAAACAUCGAGAUGUUGUAUUAUUCUUUUUUUUUCUGUACUUCGGGGAAUGCCCAUGAAGAGGGAACCUAGCUGAUUGCACUUCCAAGUUUUGAUGGCCAAAAAUGUUUCCACUUUUUGUAUUGGACUUGCACUUCGCGUAGUGAUAGUAAAAUGUUCGGAUCUCGGAUUAGAAUAUGUGUUAUAGCAAUUUUUAGUGGACUUGUUCUUUGUUGUGAAA